UGAAGGGGGUUUAGCUUUGGAGGCGGACAUAUAAAACUCUUUACAUAGCCAUUGGAACAAUUUACACACAAACACACAGAGAGAAUAUAUAUAUAUAUAUAUAUAUCCAACACCGAACCAAUCAUUUCUUGUGGAUGGCUUCUUCCAAUGCCAUGACGAUGAUGAAAUCUUCGCAGCAGCAGGUGAUGAUGAUGAAGAAGAGGAAGAGGAAGAAAGAGCAGCAGCUGAGCCUGGGGGAGCUCAAAACCCUAGGGGAGCAGCUGCUGUCGUCCAGGUCCCACAUCAACAACCUCCCUCGCCUCCUCAAUUUUAUCAAACACCCCCGAGAGGACUUCCACCCUGCCUACGCUCUCGAGUCCCUCCUUUCUCUCCAAUCCUUCUUCACUCCCCUUCUACCGGACCUCUCUGCCUCCCGCUCCCGCUCCUCCAUCUCUUCCUCCGACGCCUCCACCACCACCGCCGCCCAUCUCAUUUACUCCACUUGGCUCCGCUCCAAGUUCGACGACUUCCUUCAAUCUUUAUUCUCCAUCUCUACCUCUGCCCUUUCCGACCCAACCCUCCGGGAAGUUGUGUUGGAGACAAUCAUGGAGUUUGUCAAGGUAGCCAAUGCCGGCAACUUCCACUCUUCUAUCUUCCACCGGUUCCUUCAUGCCAUUGUUCACUCUACUUUGGGAGUUGGUGAUAUACUGUUAGAGUUGCUGGCGUCCAAGUACUUCAAGUAUAUUGAUGUCCGUUAUUUCACGUACAUAAGCUUGGAAAAGAUAGCACGAACUCUGGAGCCUGAAGAUUCAGCUGAUGAUAAAGGUGCAACUUCAGAGUCUGCUGCUGGAAAUCGGUCAAGGGCAAGCAUGGAGGUCUGUAUUCGGAUCAUAUAUCAUUUGCUAUCGCGCAUCCCACCAUUAGAAGUUUCAGUUGUGGAGUCUAAUUAUGAAAUGUGGAGUUGUGUUGAUAUUUUUACUAGAAAAUUCGACAAGAAAAACCAUGAUCACCUUUCAGAUGCAGAGGAUAAACAGCAGAAAUUAAGAUUACAUGAUCGCAAGGGCUUUUCUGCAGCCAGUGUUACUAAAAAGAUGAAAUUAAAGUUUAGUAAAGCAUGGAUAUCAUUCCUUAGAUUGCCGCUUCCACUUGAUGUAUACAAGGAAGUUCUUGCUACUCUUCAUCAAGCUGUUAUUCCUCACCUGUCUAACCCAAUCAUGCUGUGUGAUUUCUUAACAAGAUCAUAUGAUAUAGGAGGUGUUGUGAGUGUAAUGGCUCUCAGCAGUCUCUAUAUCCUUAUGACACAACAUGGCCUUGAGUAUCCAAAUUUCUAUGGGAAGCUUUAUGCACUGUUGGAACCUUCUAUCUUUAUGGCUAAAUAUCGAGCAAAAUUUUUUGAGCUUAUUGAUUCUUGCUUGAAAUCACCGCUUCUUCCAGCAUAUUUGGCUGCUGCUUUCUGUAAGAAACUGAGUAGACUUGCACUUUCUGUUCCACCUUCAGGAGCAUUAAUCAUUAUUGCUUUAGUCCACAAUCUUCUUAGGAGACAUCCUUCAAUCAACUUCUUGGUGCACCAGGGGUAUGUCAAUGAGGCUGGUAAAGAGACUUCCGCAACAGACAAGAGUGGUGUUGACAGAACAGAUGACACGGAUUCUGCGAGCAAGCAAGGCAUUGAUCAAUUUGAUGAUGAGCAAAGUGAUCCCAUGAAAACUAAUGCUAUGAGAAGCUCUUUAUGGGAAAUUGAUACACUCCGGCAUCACUAUUGCCCACCAGUGUCAAGAUUUGUUUUGUCCCUCGAGAGUGACUUAACAAUUAGAGCCAAAACAUCUGAAGUUGCUGUGCAAGAUUUCAGUUCUGGAUCUUAUGCAACUAUUUUUGGCGAGGAGAUUAGACGCAGGGUCAAACAGGUGCCUCUGGCAUUCUAUAAAUCUACUCCAACCUCUUUGUUCUCAGAAUCCGAUUUUCGUGGUUGGACUUUUGAUCUCAAUGAUGGGGAGCCUGUUGCUGUCAAUGAUGAGAAUGGAACUGUGGAUACACCCAAAGAACAUGACCACAUUUCUGUGAAACGUCAGUGUCUAGUACCUGUGUAAAGAAAGUACUCUUUCGCCAAAAGAAAAGUUUUGCUCAUUGCCGUUGCCUCCCUUAAUUUUUUAGUGCGACUUGUUGCUGCGGGGGGUAUAGGGUUGCAUCAUUGAGCAGUUAUUCAACUUACUAAUCUGUUUCACAUCAAAAAAUGACGACUUGCCAAUCAUGCUUGGCGACUAUAGGUUGUAGUUAAGUAAUUUGGCAGUUGGUACCAUGGUUUGACAAGCUAAAGUAUAUUAGGACAAUCAAUUGCUGGUUGUAUACAAGUGUGUGUGUGUGUGUGGGGUACAGUGGAGGCUGAUAGGAUUGGAUUUGCAAUUUUUACUACACUGUUAGUUGAAUUGUGCUGGGUUCGCCAGUAUGUUGUAUCCAUGCAUAUUGUUAUUUGAUGGUCUGCAUUUUUACAAUUGGGGCAGUCCUUCAAAUUGUAUUGGAGAACACAGUUCAACGUUUA